AUGACUGCCUCGACAUCGACGGACGAGGGACUGCACAGCCGCACUAUGCUGUGGCGCAACGACUCGGUUCGAAGCGUCAGUACUGACACGACGUGCGUCCCGCAGAUCCACGUUCUGCCACCGACUCAGAAAGCCAAGCCGUUCAAGAUGCGGGAGCCGAGAGACACUGGGUUUCCAGAACCCUUUGAUGAAUGUCGAAACACAACGCUACCGCACCCCGAAGCCGACCUAUCCCCUGAUGCGACAAUCUCUCACGAAGAUGUCUCUGGGGAGCGAGCACUGAAGCGCCACAGACUUUCAUUCUUGAACAAACGCAAGAAGACGGUCAGCCGCGGCUUCAUCAAUCCACAGACGGAGGCUCUCUACAGCGGCCUGGCCAUGCCGUUGAUGAUGGGCAUCGACUCAGCCGGGAGGGAACCGCCAAAGCUCGUCAGCCGGUCGACAUGGAGUCUCCGAAUUUCCAAGGACGGCGGCGACAGCAUUCGAUCUCUGCGGAGAGACGGGGACGACGAGGAAACACCGCCAACGUCGCCCGACGUGUCGGAACAUCGGGGCAAAAAGGGAUUAUUUGGCAAGCUGCGGCGGAAGAGCUAG